AUGUUGAUGCCGACCAUGCCGGCGAUGCCCACGAUGCCGGUGAUGCCCACAGUGCCGGCGGCACUGCCUUCAGUGCCCACACUGCCCGCAUACACCAGCACACUUCUGGAGACCCCGCAGCCUAUGCCUUUUGAUGGUGGUCUUCCUCUUGGCCAUCACCAGUGGGUGAACACAGUCAUGGAGACGGCCCCGCAUUUAGAUGAGCAAGGCAUUUUACAGGCCCUCGGAAUCUUGGAUGAGGCUCUCACCAGUGUUCGCCAGAAGAAGGCAAUCGACGAUUUGAUGGCAAAUUUGAACCAGUCGACGGCCGGCUGGGCGAACCUUGGUACUGCGGAAUCCUUGCGUCAGCAGGUGCAGGCAAAUCAGGCCCUGCUGAUGCAGCGUCUGCAGAUGCUGCGUGCCUCCAGCCCUCCCAAUCCUUCGGGAGUGCAGGCCGGCGCAUUGGGUUUUCCUGCUGCUGUCGGAGCUCCGGGGCUCACGUUGCCGUCACCGGACGGCGUCGCCCUGCCGAACAUGACCGCUGCUCUGAGCACUAGCUCCGUCUUGAAGGCAUUGGCCGACACGAUAGGGCAACAAGCGGCUUGCCAAGCACAGCACGAAUGGGUCAGGGCUCUUGCCAAUGAGAUCCAGUUGCUCAAGCAAGUCGUUGCAGUGCAGACUGAGAUGAGGCCUCAAACUGAUGAGGUGCAGCUGCCGUCAGCUCCGACUGCAGAGCAGUCGAGGAUUGCGGUGGCUUUUGAGGAUGGCAUGGCCUACAAGAAUGACAAGAGUUGGAAAGUUCCACCACGUCAGGCGAACUCUGUGCAAACGCUUUCCACGAGCUUGCAGCUGUUGUCGAAAGAGGAUCCUGACAAGCUGAUCAUUGUGCGUCGGAUCAACAAACUUGGGUUCAAGGCCUCUCGCAAGCUCAAGCAGUACUUUGGUGAGUUUGGUCAUGUGGUGCGUGUCCUCAUUGCGCAUUCCACGUGCCGUGAUGUGAAGGAUGAGGAGGGCAAGGUGCGCCAGCGGCCGAGUAGUUUGGGUUUUGUGCAGAUGGCUUCCGCACAGGCAGUACGCCAGGCUUUGUCGCUCGGUACAGAGCAAGAGGUGGAAGGAGCCGCGAUCUUGGUGCAAAAAUUUGAGCGACAGCAGACGCACGCCUGGCUCUCGGCACCUUGCAGCAAAGCACACGUCAGGCCCGUAUCUCAUGAAGCCAACAUUAAGUUUGGCUCGGACGGCGCGGAUGCGACUCGUUCAUGUCAGGAUAGAUAG